AUGCUGAUGAGGAGGGAACGAGGCUGCACGGCCCUGCAGGUAGCAGAGAGGUCGGCAAAACGAGCCAAGGCCGAAAAGGCAUUGAGAGAAGAGGAGGCACGGCUGGCGCUAGUUGAAGCGCAGAAGGUCAGCCAAGAGCUUCAAGCCGCCAAGAGCCGACUCGCGAAGAAGAACAAAAAGAAGCAGAAGCGAGGGAUCGGCAAUGACACCGCCGCCAGCGCCGAGAGCAAGCUCCUAGCUCCUGCGCAGAAGGGCCUCAAGCAGCAGCAGGAGGGUGAGAAGCAGCAGUCUACUGGCCGAUUGCAAGAAGACACGCCCAAACGCAUCAACACUGCAUCGGCCGACAUAAGGGCGGGGCCUUCAAUCGUUCCCGCCAUCACAAACGCCGGCGAGGGUGGUAGUGAAAUGAACCGCGAUGAUAUGGUGGUGCCCGUGGGGUUGGAGGGUGAGGUUGACAACGAGAAUGUUGGUGUGAUACCGGGUUUGGCGCUAGAUAUUCUGUCGCUGACCAAGAUCCAGGAUCGCCAUGAGAUCGAGCUUAACCGGCAUGGAGCGUCGAUCUUGGCGGGGCGGGUUCGCAUGACAGAAUUCCCUCUCGGGAGUUACAUCCACGGGACUCGCGUUGAUCCACUGCCUCAAGGCGACUCGCCUCCUCAGCCCCCCGCGAUGGUUGCGGCGAUGCUACGGCCUGGCUCGCAAUCCAGCAUCGACUACAACGCUCUUCACUGCUCCCUCGGUCAUGCAAAUUCCAAGACGCUGUACGAGACCGCCAGGCAGAUGGGUAUCAAGGUGACCGGCACUCCGGAGCACUGCGAUGGUUGUGCGAAAUCGAAGGCGAUCCAGCGCUCGGUCCCCAAGUUUAUCUCCUCCUCCCGCCGGACGACGCGGCCUCUUGAGCGUGUUGCCAUGGACCUAGCCGGUCCUUUCGGCAAAUCCAGCGGCGGUGCCAACGGUACAAAUGUGGUGGCGACCUUUCGUGCGUGGUGUGCCUCCAUCAAAUCGCUCUUGGCUACUCACGGGGGGCUGGGCUGUGUUCUGACCGACAACGGCACGGAGUGGGUCAACGCGGAGUUUCGGGGGCUGCUGGCGGAGCUGAACAUUACGCGGGAGCUCACGGCGGUCGACGGGCCCAAGAGCAACCGUCGUGUGGAGCGGAGGAUUGUACAAGUGAUGGACGGGGGCAAGGCUGCGUUUCUGGAGUUCCCGAAGCUUUUCCCCGGAGUUUCGUUCCCGACCAAGGCGCUGUCCUUCCGGGCCAUGUGGCCCGAGGCCUUGGCGUGGAUGAACGACUGUCUGGCCAUCGCAGCGGAGGUGAGCAAGGAAGACAAGCGGUGCCCGGAAGUCAAGCUGUACGGCAGGAGGAGGAUCCGACUGCUUUUGCCGUUCAUGAUGCCCGGCUUCCGCCACCGUCACCGCCCGUCCAAGAUGCACAGCAAGGGGGAGCGGUGCUUCUAUCUGAACUCAGGCCAGGAUCAUUCCUGUACGACGCACAAGAUCAUCACGCCGGCUAGGGUACCCACGUACUCCGAACACUGCACCUUCGACUUCAGCUGCCAGGACUUUCGGGGAGAUGGGUGUUCUUGGGGGUCGGUAGCGGGGAUGACCGGAGGCCCCGCGGUGGCAGCAGGAGCGACGGCAUCGGCGGCAGCUUCAGCGGCGACAGCGGCGACCUCCGGUGGCAGCUUUACCCCCGCCUCGGCGGCGGGGCGGAUGGCGGGAGGACCCGCGGUGGCAGCAGGAGCGGCGGCAUCGGCGGAAGCUCCAGCGGCGACGGCGGCGACCUCUGGCGGCAGUGUUCCCCCCGCGACGGCGGCGGGGGGGAUGGCCGGAGUCCCCGCAGUGGCGGCAGGAGCGGCGGCAGGAGCGGCGGCAUCGGCAGCAGCUCCAGCGGCGGCGGCGGGGGGAAUGGCCGGAGUCCCCGCAGUAGCAGCAGGAGCGGAAGCAGCGGCGGAAACUCCGGCGGCGACAGAGCAGCGGCAGCAUGAGCAUAUGACGGAGCCGGAGAGCAUGGUGGAGAGCGGGGCAGCGCGUAACGCGGUGUUGGCGCGGAUGGCGGGGGGGCCUUCGCGAGUGAGUACACCUGCGGCACCUGUUGCCACACCUGCCCCCGCGCACUCGGCGGCGGCGCCGCUGACAUCGGACGGACUGUGGACGGAGAUGGUGCAUGAGGGCGGUACAGGCGGGCGUUGGCAGGGGCAGCGGGAGUUUGUAGUGACCCCCACAGUGACGAGGUCGUGGGCGAAGCGAGAUGGGCCGGGGCCGGGGAUGCUUGCUCUUCUAGCCACGGAGGACGAGACCAAGCGGUCCAUCGUCGAGCUUCCUGCACCGGGCGUGGCUGAGCCAGCCCUGUCGACGGGGCUGGUGUGCGACCUGGACACGCCUGAGACACACGGAGAGGCGCACGCGGGGCCAAACCACCACAUCUGGACCAACGCCGAACGCAAGGAAUUUUCUGGGGCACUAGUGAUGUUCGCUGGUGCGUGUGUGAUGUAUCUAUGUAGGACGAAGAAGAGCGUCACCCUGUCUUCGACGAAAGCGGAGUACGUGGCGAUGUCUGAUGGGAUGAUUGAGGAUAUUUUUCUGCGGUAUCUGUGGCGCUAUUCACUUGGCACGUAA